AUGCUUUCUGCCAGAGGUAACUAUCGUUUGCAGACAUUGGUUAGGCGGGGAAAGGUUGGAACCACGGAAGCAGGCAUUAAACUACUUGAAAAAUUGAAAUCACUGAAUUCUUCUAACAAAACAAAUGAUGGAUGCUCCAUAGCUGAAAGUCCUAUGAAAGAAAACACUUCAACGCCACAUUAUGGUAAAAGCAAUACAUCUCAGAAAAGGAUACGUAUAGCUACUCCUUUUCCUGAGAGUGUUAAACGACCUAAUCGUGCGUUGAAAGACAUUGCGAAUUUUUAUCCCGCUUUCCUAUCGAGCAGUCCAAAUUCGUCAAAGGGAAGGAAACACAAUUCUGAAGGAGAUAAACAGUCUGGUAUUAUAGUUGAUACUUCUUCGUCAGUGCAUAGUCCUCCCCAUCAUACUGAGCAGACGACAUCUCUAAAACAGCCUGCCCGUGUCAGGUUUUUAAAUGCUAUUGAAUUUGGGAAAAAUGGCUUCCAGCCUUGUUUACACCAAAGAAAUUGGAGAAAUUUAUCAGAGAAAAUUAUGGAAAAUCUCCACUGCAUGUGA